GGAGUUUAUUUAAGCAAAGGAGGAGAAAAGGGGAUUGAAGCUUCCUUGGAUCGAAGGUUUCCUGGGAUUCGGUGUCGAGGGCCCGCUGGAAGCGCUCCGGGGUCAGGCCCCCGCCCCGCCAUGUCCUCCCACCGCAAGCGCGCGGGGCCGUCGCCUUCCUCGCCCUCAUCCUCGCCCUGCCCGUCCUCCCCGUCGCCCUGGUCGUGGCCGGAGGAGCGCGGGGAGCGGGAGCAGGGCCUGUACAGCCUGCACCGCAUGUUCGACAUCGUGGGCGCCCACCUGACGCACCGCGACGUGCGCGUCCUCUCCUUCCUCUUCGUCGACGUGCUGGACGAGGCCGAGCGCGGCCGCAUCCGCAGCGGGCGCGACUUCCUGCUGGCCCUGGAGCGGCAGGGCCGCUGCGACGAGAGCAACCUGCGCCAGCUGCUGCAGCUGCUGCGCAUCAUCACCCGCCACGACCUGCUGCCCUACGUCAGCCUCAAGAGGAGACGGGCUGUGUGCCCGGACCUGGUGGACAAGUACCUGGAGGAGACGUCCAUCCGCUACGUCACCCCCCGCGCCCCCGGGGACGCCCCGCCCGGCCUGGGGCACCCCCCAAAAUCAGUGCCUGCCCCCCACCCCUCGCUGUGCUGCCCCCCGGGGGGG